GUAGGCGGUCGAGAUGGCGGAGGGCGAGGAGUACGAGUCGGUGCUCUGCGUCAAGCCGGAGGUCCACGUCUACCGAGUGCCGCCGCGCGCCUCUAACCGGGGCUACAGCCCUGAACAGCGGCGCUGUCUUCUCUCUCUGGUGCUAGAGCUGCGGAGUGGCAGCUGGACCAGCCAGCGUGGAGCGGGCGCAUGCGCAUAACGGCCAAAGGGAACGUGGCCUACAUCAAGUUGGAGGACAAGAACUCAGGAGAACUUUUUGCCCAGGCUCCUGUGGACCAGUUCCCCAGCAUUACUGUGGAAGGUGUGACGGAUUCCAGCCGAUACUUUGUCAUCCGCAUUGAGGACGGGAACGGGCGCCGGGCCUUCAUUGGAGUCGGCUUUGUUGACCGAGGUGACGCCUUCGACUUCAACGUCGCUCUGCAGGACCAUUUCAAGUGGGUCAAACAGCAGAGUGAGUUGGCCAAGCAGGCCCUGAAUCCAGACCAGGGCCCCAAACUGGACCUGGGCUUCAAGGAAGGGCAGACAAUCAAGCUCAACAUUGCGAACGUGAAGAAGAAGGACGGCUCCUCCUCGGCCAGCAGGCCCCGAGCAACAGGCUCUGGGGGCCCCAACCUCAUUCCACCCCCUCCUGGAGGAAAGGCCUCCCUGACUGGGGAGCAGCUUCCGUCUGCUGCUGAGGCAGCAGACGUCUCCAUCCCGUGGCCCCCUCCGCAGGCUUCAAAUUCAACAGCAGAAGCAGCUGCAGACAUUUGGGGAGACUUCACCAAAGCUUCUGGGUCUGCCUCUGGUCAGGCUCAGCAGAGCUCCACCAGCUGGGUCCAGUUCUGAGCUGAGCAUCUUGUGCUUCUCUGGUCGGGGGUGAAGGCCACGGAAGGACCCUUGUGGACCAAAGAGGAAGCUACUUUGCCCUCGUGGUGCAUCAUGAGAUCCCAGUCAGGGAUGUGUUUGGAUGUUUGCUUGGGGCAUUUAAUGGGAUAGGGAAGGUAGGGGUCAGCUGGGGCUGUGCAGAUCCUCUUCUCCCUCCCUCCACCUCCAUCUACCCCCUCAGCGCUUGGGGUCCCUGAAAGGGGAGGGAGGGAGGGAGUUUUUCCUGGGUUCAGAUCACAGCUUAAGAACCUGGAGUCCUGGAGUGGGGAAGAGGGAGACAGCUGUCCAGAAAGAAAGAGGCUCCUUCCUGUCUCUUGCCUUUUUUCCUGUCUUGUGUGGUGUCAACGGUGUUUCUUUGAUAUGCUUGCCUCGCCUCGUCCGCUUUCUAGGUUGGAGGGAUAUUGCGGCGCAGCUGCCCCAGGA